CCAGUAGCCCUACCCGUUCGCAUGUCCAACCAUUCUGCAUCGCUCGGAGUAACAGCCACGCAGACUAGAAAAAAAACGUACAACGCACUUUCUAAGGGGAUAGAGUGAGAAGGGAGGGGAGAGAGAAAAACUCCCUGGACACCGAGGAAGACUCGGGUUGAUAAAGCAAGAAAAGUUUUUUUUUUAUAAGAGAGAAAUAAGUUUCGAUUGGGACGAAGAAGACGUGCUUUUAUCGACUGCUGGGACAGAGGAGGGGAAGAGAACACUGCCGAAGAUGCUCAAGCUGAUGUGUUAAAGUUGUUGCAACUCAAGACUGCUCAUAGACAAACAGAAAGCAAAGAGACAACAGAGCCCUUGGCCUUGCUUGAGCAAUCCAAAGUACGAAAACCAAGGCAGAAACAAACCACACCAGAGCAUAGACAGAGGACAAGAAAAAACAAAAGAUGGCUGAGGAGGAGGAAACCAGGGAGGUGCUCUUCCCUGACUGGUCGGGUCCAGAGAAACAGGGAAUGACCCUUGAGCAGUCAGGCGAAGGAGAGAUCUAUGUCAAAGAGGUGAAAAUGGAGUCGCCUGCUGGACGCACUGGAAGAGUACACGAGGGUGAUCAAAUUGUGGGCGCCACCAUCUAUUUUGACAACAUGAGUUCCAAGGAGACGACGGAGCUCCUUAAGACCCUAAACAAACACAAGGUUGGUCUGAAACUACAGAACAAGGACAAGUCACCCUGCCGCUCCCCCAUGGGCACUCUGUCACCCUGCCGCUCCCCCAUGGGAACUCUGACGUAUGAAGGGAAGGGGAGGUUUGGAGGCUCCAGCCAAGACAGUAUCCUGAGUGGGGAUGAUGAAGAUUACAAGAGAAUAUUUUCCAAGAAGAUUAAGCCCCGGCUGAAGUCUGAGGAUCUGGCGGAGGGCGUGGACGUCCGUACGGAGCGCCACAGCAGCACCAGCACUGACGGCAGCACGAUCACCACCAUCACCCGUCGCAUCACUACCUACACUGUAGACAUGCCAGAGGGCGUGGACGAGCAGCUUGAUCUAACCAGCCCAGAGUUCAAAGGGCAACGGUACGAGCAGUCAGGAGGGGGCAGCUCGUCUCAAAUACGAGUUUUACACGGAAGCGGAAGCCCUUCAGGUAUAGGAGGUGGAUCGGAGGGGGGUGAUUUUGAACUAGGAGGUGAUGGUGUUUCUUUCACUGGGCCGGAUGUAACUAGCUCCUCUGAGAAGCACUGGAGCACUGGAGGGGUGAAGACCACCACUGUUACAAGGCAGAUAGAGGGGGGAGAUGGUGGAGCAGCAGGGAUCAGAUUCAAAGGAUCUAGCUUUGGGAUGCCCGGGGCGAAGGGUCAGCGGGAGUUCGGCCUCUAUAGAGGGGGUGAGCAGGGAGACGGGAGCUUUCAGGUUUCAGGUGACUCAGCUGACUACCAGGCAGGAUCAGUCAAUGUCACGGUCCCUGGAAAAACAACAAAUAUUUCAUCCAGCUCCAUAUCAAUGGGUAAAGGGGAGGUGAGAGGAGUAGACGUUCAUUUGCCUGGUAGGGGCAGUGCAGACUGGAAGGGUAGGGCCGGAGGUUCAGUACCUGGAAUAACCAUUAGUGAUCAACAGAUGAGAGGGCCUGGGAGCAUAGGUCUCUCCAGAGGCAACCAGGGUGGGGUUUCCUUACCCAACAUGCCAGGCAUUGAUACAGGCUUGAAUGGGGGCAAGAUAUCAACAGACAUAAGAGCGCCAACACUUGACAUCAAUACCUCAGGCAUGAAGGAGUCUGGCUCAGUGCAAAUGUCUGUCAAAGAAACAACAAUGGAAAGCAAACUCAAAGGUGGCAUCAAAAUGCCGUCAUUUGGACUGAACACUGGAGGUGCAGACGGCGAUGGAGAUGUUAAACUACCGAAGGUGAAGGGUAGUGUAGAUGUAUCGGUACCCGGGGUAGAUGUAGAUUUAUCAGGCGCAUCUAUGAAUAUGAAAGGAGGAAAGACGAUAGGUGGUGUUUCCAUCAAAGCACCCAAAGUAGACAUUAAAGGUUCAGGUGUUGAUAUAGAAGGUCCAGAAGGCGGUUUCAAGAUACCCAAAGUAAAGAUACCAUCAUUUGGAGUCAGAGGAGCCGGACUUGAGGGUCCUGGUGUCGAUGUCAACCUACCAAAAGCUGACAUUGACAUCAAAGCUCCCAAAGUAGACAUUAAAGGUCCAUCAAUAUCAGGACCAAAGAUCUCAAUGCCCGAUGUGGACUUCAAUCUGAAAGGCCCAAAGGUGAAGGGAGAUUUGAAUGUAUCAGUGCCAAAGCUAGAAGGAGACAUCAAGGCUCCCAAAGUAGACAUUGAAAGGCAAGAUGUUGACGUUGAAGGAUUUGAAGGCGGAUUCAAAAUGCCAAAGAUAAAGAUGCCCUCAUUUGGAAUCAAAGGAUCCAAAGUUGAGGGAGAUGUUGAUGUCAAACUACCUAAAGGUGACAUUGACAUCAAGGGACCUAAUGUUAACAUCAAAGGUCCAGAACUUGACUUCGAAGGCUCUGAUGGGAAAAUCAAGGGUCCAAAAUUCAAGAUGCCAUCAAUGUCAGGCCCAAACAUCUCAAUGCCUGAUAUGGACAUCAAUCUGAAAGGUCCAAAGGUGAAGGGAGAUGUGUCAGUGCCAAAGCUGGAAGGAGACAUCAAGGCUCCCAAUGUUGACAUUAAAGGUCCAUCAAUAUCAGGACCAAAGAUCUCAAUGCCCGAUGUGGACUUCAAUCUUAAAGGCCCAAAGGUGAAGGGAGAUUUGGGUAUGUCAGGAGACCUCAAAGCACCCAAAGUAGGCAUUGAAGGUCCAGAUGUUGACAUUGAAGGUUCAGGAGGAUUUAAGAUGCCAAAGAUGAAGAUGCCCUCAUUUGGAAUCAAAGGAUCUAAAUUGGAGGGUCCAGAUAUUGAUGUCAACCUACCAAAAGCUGACAUUGACAUCAAGGCUCCCAACGUUGACAUUAAAGGUCCAUCAAUAUCAGGACCAAAGAUCUCAAUGCCCGAUGUGGACUUCAAUCUGAAAGGCCCAAAGGUGAAGGGAGAUUUUGGUAUGUCAGGAGACCUCAAAGCACCCAAAGUAGGCAUUGAAGGUCCAGAUGUUGACAUUGAAGGUUCAGGAGGAUUUAAGAUGCCAAAGAUGAAGAUGCCCUCAUUUGGAAUCAAAGGAUCUAAAUUGGAGGGUCCAGAUAUUGAUGUCAACCUACCAAAAGCUGACAUUGACAUCAAGGCUCCCAACGUUGACAUUAAAGGUCCAUCAAUAUCAGGACCAAAGAUCUCAAUGCCCGAUGUGGACUUCAAUCUGAAAGGCCCAAAGGUGAAGGGAGAUUUGGGUAUGUCAGGAGACCUCAAAGCACCCAAAGUAGACAUUGAAGGUCCAGAUGUUGACAUUGAAGGUUCAGGAGGAUUUAAGAUGCCAAAGAUGAAGAUGCCCUCAUUUGGAAUCAAAGGACCCAAAGUUGAGGGAGAUGUUGAUGUCAACCUACCUAAAGGUGACAUUGACAUCAAGGGACCUAAUGUUAACAUCAAAGGUCCAGAACUUGACUUCGAAGGCCCUGAUGGGAAAAUCAAGGGUCCAAAAUGCAAGAUGCCAUCAAUGUCAGGCCCAAACAUCUCAAUGCCUGAUAUGGACAUCAAUCUGAAAGGUCCAAAGGUGAAGGGAGAUGUGUCAGUGCCAAAGCUGGAAGGAGACAUCAAGGCUCCCAAAGUUGACAUUAAAGGUCCAUCAAUAUCAGGACCAAAGAUCUCAAUGCCCGAUGUGGACUUCAAUCUGAAAGGCCCAAAGGUGAAGGGAGAUUUUGGUAUGUCAGGAGACCUCAAAGCACCCAAAGUAGGCAUUGAAGGUCCAGAUGUUGACAUUGAAGGUUCAGGAGGAUUUAAGAUGCCAAAGAUGAAGAUGCCCUCAUUUGGAAUCAAAGGAUCUAAAUUGGAGGGUCCAGAUAUUGAUGUCAAUCUACCAAAAGCUGACAUUGACAUCAAGGCUCCCAACGUUGACAUUAAAGGUCCAUCAAUAUCAGGACCAAAGAUCUCAAUGCCCGAUGUGGACUUCAAUCUGAAAGGCCCAAAGGUGAAGGGAGAUUUGGGUAUGUCAGGAGACCUCAAAGCACCCAAAGUAGACAUUGAAGGUCCAGAUGUUGACGUUGAAGGUUCAGGAGGAUUUAAGAUGCCAAAGAUGAAGAUGCCCUCAUUUGGAAUCAAAGGACCCAAAGUUGAGGGAGAUGUUGAUGUCAACCUACCUAAAGGUGACAUUGACAUCAAGGGACCUAAUGUUAACAUCAAAGGUCCAGAACUUGACUUCGAAGGCCCUGAUGGGAAAAUCAAGGGUCCAAAAUUCAAGAUGCCAUCAAUGUCAGGCCCAAACAUCUCAAUGCCUGAUAUGGACAUCAAUCUGAAAGGUCCAAAGGUGAAGGGAGAUGUGUCAGUGCCAAAGCUGGAAGGAGACAUCAAGGCUCCCAAAGUUGACAUUAAAGGUCCAUCAAUAUCAGGACCAAAGAUCUCAAUGCCCGAUGUAGACUUCAAUCUUAAAGGCCCAAAGGUGAAGGGAGAUUUGGGUAUGUCAGGAGACCUCAAAGCACCCAAAGUAGGCAUUGAAGGUCCAGAUGUUGACAUUGAAGGUUCAGGAGGAUUUAAGAUGCCAAAGAUGAAGAUGCCCUCAUUUGGAAUCAAAGGAUCUAAAUUGGAGGGUCCAGAUAUUGAUGUCAACCUACCAAAACCUGACAUUGACAUCAAGGCUCCCAACGUUGACAUUAAAGGUCCAUCAAUAUCAGGACCAAAGAUCUCAAUGCCCGAUGUGGACUUCAAUCUGAAAGGCCCAAAGGUGAAGGGAGAUUUGGGUAUGUCAGGAGACCUCAAAGCACCCAAAGUAGACAUUGAAGGUCCAGAUGUUGACAUUGAAGGUUCAGGAGGAUUUAAGAUGCCAAAGAUGAAGAUGCCCUCAUUUGGAAUCAAAGGACCCAAAGUUGAGGGAGAUGUUGAUGUCAACCUACCUAAAGGUGACAUUGACAUCAAGGGACCUAAUGUUAACAUCAAAGGUCCAGAACUUGACUUCGAAGGCCCUGAUGGGAAAAUCAAGGGUCCAAAAUUCAAGAUGCCAUCAAUGUCAGGCCCAAACAUCUCAAUGCCUGAUAUGGACAUCAAUCUGAAAGGUCCAAAGGUGAAGGGAGAUGUGUCAGUGCCAAAGCUGGAAGGAGACAUCAAGGCUCCCAAAGUUGACAUUAAAGGUCCAUCAAUAUCAGGACCAAAGAUCUCAAUGCCCGAUGUGGACUUCAAUCUGAAAGGCCCAAAGGUGAAGGGAGAUUUGGGUAUGUCAGGAGACCUCAAAGCACCCAAAGUAGGCAUUGAAGGUCCAGAUGUUGACAUUGAAGGUUCAGGAGGAUUUAAGAUGCCAAAGAUGAAGAUGCCCUCAUUUGGAAUCAAAGGAUCUAAAUUGGAGGGUCCAGAUAUUGAUGUCAACCUACCAAAAGCUGACAUUGACAUCAAGGCUCCCAACGUUGACAUUAAAGGUCCAUCAAUAUCAGGACCAAAGAUCUCAAUGCCCGAUGUGGACUUCAAUCUGAAAGGCCCAAAGGUGAAGGGAGAUUUGGGUAUGUCAGGAGACCUCAAAGCACCCAAAGUAGGCAUUGAAGGUCCAGAUGUUGACAUUGAAGGUUCAGGAGGAUUUAAGAUGCCAAAGAUGAAGAUGCCCUCAUUUGGAAUCAAAGGAUCUAAAUUGGAGGGUCCAGAUAUUGAUGUCAACCUACCAAAAGCUGACAUUGACAUCAAGGCUCCCAACGUUGACAUUAAAGGUUCAUCAAUAUCAGGACCAAAGAUCUCAAUGCCCGAUGUGGACUUCAAUCUGAAAGGCCCAAAGGUGAAGGGAGAUUUGGGUAUGUCAGGAGACCUCAAAGCACCCAAAGUAGGCAUUGAAGGUCCAGAUGUUGACAUUGAAGGUUCAGGAGGAUUUAAGAUGCCAAAGAUGAAGAUUCCAUCAUUUGGAAUCAAAGGACCCAAAGUUGAGGGAGAUGUUGAUGUCAACCUACCUAAAGGUGACAUUGACAUCAAGGGACCUAAUGUUAACAUCAAAGGUCCAGAACUUGACUUCGAAGGCCCUGAUGGGAAAAUCAAGGGUCCAAAAUUCAAGAUGCCAUCAAUGUCAGGCCCAAACAUCUCAAUGCCUGAUAUGGACAUCAAUCUGAAAGGUCCAAAGGUGAAGGGAGAUGUGUCAGUGCCAAAGCUGGAAGGAGACAUCAAGGCUCCCAAUGUUGACGUUAAAGGUCCAUCAAUAUCAGGACCAAAGAUCUCAAUGCCCGAUGUAGACUUCAAUCUGAAAGGCCCAAAGGUGAAGGGAGAUUUGGGUAUGUCAGGAGACCUCAAAGCACCCAAAGUAGGCAUUGAAGGUCCAGAUGUUGACAUUGAAGGUUCAGGAGGAUUUAAGAUGCCAAAGAUGAAGAUGCCCUCAUUUGGAAUCAAAGGAUCUAAAUUGGAGGGUCCAGAUAUUGAUGUCAACCUACCAAAAGCUGACAUUGACAUCAAGGCUCCCAACAUUGACAUCAAAGGUCCAUCAAUAUCAGGACCAAAGAUCUCAAUGCCCGAUGUGGACUUCAAUCUGAAAGGCCCAAAGGUGAAGGGAGAUUUGGGUAUGUCAGGAGACCUCAAAGCACCCAAAGUAGACAUUGAAGGUCCAGAUGUUGACAUUGAAGGUUCAGGAGGAUUUAAGAUGCCAAAGAUGAAGAUGCCCUCAUUUGGAAUCAAAGGACCCAAAGUUGAGGGAGAUGUUGAUGUCAACCUACAUAAAGGUGACAUUGACAUCAAGGGACCUAAUGUUAACAUCAAAGGUCCAGAACUUGACUUCGAAGGCCCUGAUGGGAAAAUCAAGGGUCCAAAAUUCAAGAUGCCAUCAAUGUCUGGCCCAAACAUCUCAAUGCCUGAUAUGGACAUCAAUUUGAAAGGUCCAAAGGUGAAGGGAGAUGUGUCAGUGCCAAAGCUGGAAGGAGACAUCAAGGCUCCCAAAGUUGACAUUAAAGGUCCAUCAAUAUCAGGACCAAAGAUCUCAAUGCCCGAUGUGGACUUCAAUCUGAAAGGCCCAAAGGUGAAGGGAGAUUUGGGUAUGUCAGGAGACCUCAAAGCACCCAAAGUAGGCAUUGAAGGUCCAGAUGUUGACAUUGAAGGUUCAGGAGGAUUUAAGAUGCCAAAGAUGAAGAUGCCCUCAUUUGGAAUCAAAGGAUCUAAAUUGGAGGGUCCAGAUAUUGAUGUCAACCUACCAAAAGCUGACAUUGACAUCAAGGCUCCCAACGUUGACAUUAAAGGUCCAUCAAUAUCAGGACCAAAGAUCUCAAUGCCCGAUGUGGACUUCAAUCUGAAAGGCCCAAAGGUGAAGGGAGAUUUGGGUAUGUCAGGAGACCUCAAAGCACCCAAAGUAGGCAUUGAAGGUCCAGAUGUUGACAUUGAAGGUUCAGGAGGAUUUAAGAUGCCAAAGAUGAAGAUUCCAUCAUUUGGAAUCAAAGGACCCAAAGUUGAGGGAGAUGUUGAUGUCAACCUACCUAAAGGUGACAUUGACAUCAAGGGACCUAAUGUUAACAUCAAAGGUCCAGAACUUGACUUCGAAGGCCCUGAUGGGAAAAUCAAGGGUCCAAAAUUCAAGAUGCCAUCAAUGUCAGGCCCAAACAUCUCAAUGCCUGAUAUGGACAUCAAUCUGAAAGGUCCAAAGGUGAAGGGAGAUGUGUCAGUGCCAAAGCUGGAAGGAGACAUCAAGGCUCCCAAAGUUGACAUUAAAGGUCCAUCAAUAUCAGGACCAAAGAUCUCAAUGCCCGAUGUAGACUUCAAUCUUAAAGGCCCAAAGGUGAAGGGAGAUUUGGGUAUGUCAGGAGACCUCAAAGCACCCAAAGUAGACAUUGAAGGUCCAGAUGUUGACAUUGAAGGUUCAGGAGGAUUUAAGAUGCCAAAGAUGAAGAUGCCCUCAUUUGGAAUCAAAGGAUCUAAAUUGGAGGGUCCAGAUGUUGAUGUUAACCUCCCAAAAUCUGACAUUGACAUCAAAGUGCCAAAAGUUGACAUUGAAGGUCCAGAACUUGACAUUGAAGGCCCUGAUGGUAAAAUCAAAGGUUCGAAAUUCAAGAUGCCGUCAGUUUCAGGACCAAAGAUCUCAAUGCCUGACAUGGACUUCAAUCUGAAAGGCCCAAAGAUGAAGGGAGAUGUUGAUAUGUCAGGAGACCUCAAAGCACCCAAAGUAGACAUUGAAGGACCAGAUGUUGACAUUGAAGGUUCAGGAGGAUUUAAGAUGCCAAAGAUGAAGAUGCCCUCAUUUGGAAUCAAAGGAUCUAAUUUGGAGGGUCCAGAUAUUGAUGUCAACCUACCAAAAGCUGACUUUGCCAUCAAGGCUCCCAAAGUUGAUAUUAAAGGUCCAUCAUUAUCAGGACCUAAGAUCUCAAUGCCCGAUGUGGACUUCAAUGUAAAAGGGCCGAAGGUGAAGGGAGAUGUGGAUGUGUCAUUGCCAAAGAUAAAAGGAGACCUCAAAGCACCCAAAGUAGACAUUGAAGGACCAAAUGUUGACAUUGAAGGUUCAGGUGGAAUUAAAAUGCCAAAGAUGAAGAUGCCGUCUAUGUCUGGCCCCAAAUUGUCAAUGCCUGAUGUUGAUUUCAGUCUCAAAGGACCAAAGUUCAAAGGGGGAGUUGAGGGAGAUAUGAGUACACCCAAAGCUGAAUUUGAUGGAUUGGAUAUCCCAGUAGAGAGUCCUGACAUUGCACCAAAGAAGUCUAAGUUCAAAAUGCCAAAGUUUGGAUUCAAAGGGCCCAAAGUCAAGUCUCCAGAGGUUGAUGUAAAGCUAGCAAAAGCAGAUAUUAAUGUCAAAGUACCGAAAGGUAGUCUUCCAGACAUUGACCUUGAUAUUGGGGCUACCAGCCCUAAAGUCAAAGGAUCCAAAUUCAAAAUGCCUAAAUUUGGAUUCAAAAGCCCCAAGGUAGAGAUACCAGAUGUAGAUAUUAACCUUCCUAAAGCUGACAUUGACUUCAAGGGACCCAGUGUCGAUAUUAAAGGUCCUCAUAUUGACAUUGAAAGUCCUGAUGGCAAAAUCAAGGGCCCAAAAAACAAGAUGCCAACAAUAUCAGGACCAAAGGUCUCCAUGCCUGAUGUGGAUUUCAACCUAAAAGAUCCAAAGAUUAAAGGAGAUAUCAAUAUACCAGUCCCCAAGAUCGAAGGAGACUUCAAAGGUCCAAACCUAGACAUGGAAGGUCCAGAUGGUAAAAUCAAAGGGACAAAAUUCAAGAUGCCAUCCAUAUCAGGACCAAACAUCUCAAUGCCUGACAUGGACUUCAACCUGAAAGGUCCAAAGGUGAAGGGAGAUUUGGAUAUGUCAGGAAACCUCAAAGCACCCAAAGUAGACAUUGAAGGUCCAGAUGUUGACAUUGAAGGUUCAGGAGGAUUUAAGAUGCCAAAGAUGAAGAUGCCCUCAUUUGGAAUCAAAGGACCCAAACUGGAGGGGCCAGAUGUUGAUGUCAACCUACCUAAAGCUGACAUUGACAUCAAAGCUCCCAAAAUUGAUAUUAAAGGUCCAGAACUUGACAUUGAAGGUCCAGAUGGUAAAAUCAAAGGGCCGAAAUUCAAGAUGCCAUCCAUAUCAGGCCCAAACAUCUCAAUGCCUGACAUGGACUUCAACCUGAAAGGUCCAAAGGUGAAGGGAGAUUUGGAUAUGUCAGGAGACCUCAAAGCACCUAAAGUAGACAUUGAAGGUCCAGAUGUUGACAUUGAAGGUUCAGGAGGAUUUAAGAUGCCAAAGAUGAAGAUGCCCUCAUUUGGAAUCAAAGGACCCAAACUGGAGGGGCCAGAUGUUGAUGUCAACCUACCUAAAGCUGACAUUGACAUCAAAGCUCCCAAAAUUGAUAUUAAAGGUCCAGAACUUGACAUUGAAGGUCCCGAUGGUAAAAUCAAAGGGCCGAAAUUCAAGAUGCCAUCCAUAUCAGGCCCAAACAUCUCAAUGCCCGAUGUGGACUUCAACCUGAAAGGUCCAAAGGUGAAGGGAGAUUUGGAUAUGUCAGGAAACCUCAAAGCACCCAAAGUAGACAUUGAAGGUCCAGAUGUUGACAUUGAAGGUUCAGGAGGAUUUAAGAUGCCAAAGAUGAAGAUGCCCUCAUUUGGAUUCAAAGGACCCAAAGUUGAGGGAGAUUUUGAUGUAAAUCUACCUAAAGGCGACAUUGACAUUGAAGGUCCAGAUAUUGACAUUGAAGGUCCAGAUGGUAAAAUCAAAGGGCCGAAAUUCAAGAUGCCAUCAAUGUCUGGACCAAAGAUCUCAAUGCCUGAUGUGGACUUCAACCUGAAAGGUCCAAGGGUGAAAGGAGAUGUCAAUGUUUCAGUCCCCAAGAUUGAAGGAGACAUCAAAGGUCCAAAUCUAGACAUUGAAGGUCCAGAUGGUAAAAUCAAAGGGCCAAAAUUCAAGAUGCCAUCAAUAUCAGGACCAAACAUCUCAAUGCCUGACAUGGACUUCAACCUGAAAGGUCCAAAGGUGAAAGGAGAUUUUGAUAUCUCAGGAGACCUCAAAGCACCCAAAGUAGGUGUUGAAGGUCCAGAUGUUGACAUUGAAGGUUCAGGAGGAUUUAAGAUGCCAAAGAUGAAGAUGCCCUCAUUUGGAAUCAAAGGACCCAAACUGGAGGGGCCAGAUGUUGAUGUCAACCUACCUAAAGCUGACAUUGACAUUAAAGCUCCCAAAAUUGAUAUUAAAGGUCCAGAACUUGACAUUGAAGGUCCAGAUGGUAAAAUCAAAGGGCCAAAAUUCAAGAUGCCAUCCAUAUCAGGCCCAAACAUCUCAAUGCCUGACAUGGACUUCAACCUGAAAGGUCCAAAGCUGAAGGGAGAUUUGGAUAUGUCAGGAAACCUCAAAGCACCCAAAGUAGACAUUGAAGGUCCAGAUGUUGACAUUGAAGGUUCAGGAGGAUUUAAGAUGCCAAAGAUGAAGAUGCCCUCAUUUGGAUUCAAAGGACCCAAAGUUGAGGGAGAUUUUGAUGUCAAUCUACCUAAAGGCGACAUUGACAUUGAAGGUCCAGAUAUUGACAUUGAAGGUCCAGAUGGUAAAAUCAAAGGGCCGAAAUUCAAGAUGCCAUCAAUGUCUGGACCAAAGAUCUCUAUGCCUGAUGUGGACUUCAACCUGAAAGGUCCAAAGGUGAAGGGAGAUUUGGAUAUGUCAGGAAACCUCAAAGCACCAAAAGUAGACAUUGAAGGUCCAGAUGUUGACAUUGAAGGUUCAGGAGGAUUUAAGAUGCCAAAGAUGAAGAUGCCCUCAUUUGGAUUCAAAGGACCCAAACUUGAGGGGCCAGAUAUUGAUGUCAACCUACCUAAAGCUGACAUUGACAUCAAAGGUCCCAAAAUUGAUAUUAAAGGUCCAGAACUUGACAUUGAAGGUCCAGAUGGUAAAAUCAAAGGGUCGAAAUUCAAGAUGCCGUCCAUAUCAGGACCAAACAUCUCAAUGCCUGACAUGGACUUCAACCUGAAAGGUCCAAAGCUGAAGGGAGAUUUGGAUAUGUCAGGAAACCUCAAAGCACCGAAGGUAGACAUUGAAGGUCCAGAUGUUGACAUUGAAGGUUCAGGAGGAUUUAAGAUGCCAAAGAUGAAGAUGCCCUCAUUUGGAUUCAAAGGACCCAAAGUUGAGGGAGAUUUUGAUGUCAAUCUACCUAAAGGCGACAUUGACAUUGAAGGUCCAGAUAUUGACAUUGAAGGUCCAGAUGGUAAAAUCAAAGGGCCGAAAUUCAAGAUGCCAUCAAUGUCUGGACCAAAGAUCUCUAUGCCUGAUGUGGACUUCAACCUGAAAGGUCCAAAGGUGAAGGGAGAUUUUGAUAUGUCAGGAGACCUCAAAGCACCUAAAGUUGAAAUUGAAGGUCCAGAUGGUAAGAUCAAAGGGCCGAAAUUCAAGAUGCCAUCCAUAUCAGGACCAAACAUCUCAAUGCCUGACAUGGACUUCAACCUGAAAGGUCCAAAGCUGAAGGGAGAUUUGGAUAUGUCAGGAAACCUCAAAGCACCGAAAGUAGACAUUGAAGGUCCAGAUGUUGACAUUGAAGGUUCGGGAGGAUUUAAGAUGCCAAAGAUGAAGAUGCCCUCAUUUGGAUUCAAAGGACCCAAAGUUGAGGGAGAUUUUGAUGUCAAUCUACCUAAAGGCGACAUUGACAUUGAAGGUCCAGAUAUUGACAUUGAAGGUCCAGAUGGUAAAAUCAAAGGGCCGAAGUUCAAGAUGCCAUCAAUGUCUGGACCAAAGAUCUCUAUGCCUGAUGUGGACUUCAAUCUGAAAGGUCCAAAGGUGAAAGGAAAUGUUGAUAUGUCAGGAGACCUCAAAGCACCCAAAGUAAGUGUUGAAGGUCCAGAUGUUGACAUUGAAGGUUCAGGAGGAUUUAAGAUGCCAAAGAUGAAGAUGCCCUCAUUUGGAAUCAAAGGACCCAAACUUGAGGGGCCAGAUGUUGAUGUCAACCUACCUAAAGCUGACAUUGACAUCAAAGCUCCCAAAAUUGAUAUUAAAGGUCCAGAACUUGACAUUGAAGGUCCAGAUGGUAAAAUCAAAGGGCCGAAAUUCAAGAUGCCAUCCAUAUCAGGACCAAACAUCUCAAUGCCUGACAUGGACUUCAACCUGAAAGGUCCAAAGCUGAAGGGAGAUUUGGAUAUGUCAGGAAACCUCAAAGCACCCAAAGUAGACAUUGAAGGUCCAGAUGUUGACAUUGAAGGUUCAGGAGGAUUUAAGAUGCCAAAGAUGAAGAUGCCCUCAUUUGGAUUCAAAGGACCCAAAGUUGAGGGAGAUUUUGAUGUCAAUCUACCUAAAGGCGACAUUGACAUUGAAGGUCCAGAUAUUGACAUUGAAGGUCCAGAUGGUAAAAUCAAAGGGCCGAAAUUCAAGAUGCCAUCAAUGUCUGGACCAAAGAUCUCUAUGCCUGAUGUGGACUUCAACCUGAAAGGUCCAAAGGUGAAGGGAGAUUUGGAUAUGUCAGGAAACCUCAAAGCACCAAAAGUAGACAUUGAAGGUCCAGAUGUUGACAUUGAAGGUUCAGGAGGAUUUAAGAUGCCAAAGAUGAAGAUGCCCUCAUUUGGAUUCAAAGGACCCAAACUUGAGGGGCCAGAUAUUGAUGUCAACCUACCUAAAGCUGACAUUGACAUCAAAGGUCCCAAAAUUGAUAUUAAAGGUCCAGAACUUGACAUUGAAGGUCCAGAUGGUAAAAUCAAAGGGUCGAAAUUCAAGAUGCCAUCCAUAUCAGGACCAAACAUCUCAAUGCCUGACAUGGAUUUCAACCUGAAAGGUCCAAAGCUGAAGGGAGAUUUGGAUAUGUCAGGAAACCUCAAAGCACCGAAGGUAGACAUUGAAGGUCCAGAUGUUGACAUUGAAGGUUCAGGAGGAUUUAAGAUGCCAAAGAUGAAGAUGCCCUCAUUUGGAUUCAAAGGACCCAAAGUUGAGGGAGAUUUUGAUGUCAAUCUACCUAAAGGCGACAUUGACAUUGAAGGUCCAGAUAUUGACAUUGAAGGUCCAGAUGGUAAAAUCAAAGGGCCGAAAUUCAAGAUGCCAUCAAUGUCUGGACCAAAGAUCUCUAUGCCUGAUGUGGACUUCAACCUGAAAGGUCCAAAGGUGAAGGGAGAUUUUGAUAUGUCAGGAAACCUCAAAGCACCGAAAGUAGACAUUGAAGGUCCAGAUGUUGACAUUGAAGGUUCAGGAGGAUUUAAGAUGCCAAAGAUGAAGAUGCCCUCAUUUGGAUUCAAAGGACCCAAAGUUGAGGGAGAUUUUGAUGUCAAUCUACCUAAAGCUGACAUUGACAUCAAAGGUCCCAAAAUUGAUAUUAAAGGUCCAGAACUUGACAUUGAAGGUCCAGAUGGUAAAAUCAAAGGGCCGAAAUUCAAGAUGCCAUCAAUGUCUGGACCAAAGAUCUCCAUGCCUGAUGUGGACUUCAAUCUGAAAGGUCCAAAGGUGAAGGGAGAUUUUGAUAUGUCAGGAGACCUCAAAGCACCUAAAGUUGAAAUUGAAGGUCCAGAUGGUAAGAUCAAAGGGCCGAAAUUCAAGAUGCCAUCCAUAUCAGGACCAAACAUCUCAAUGCCUGACAUGGACUUCAACCUGAAAGGUCCAAAGCUGAAGGGAGAUUUGGAUAUGUCAGGAAACCUCAAAGCACCGAAAGUAGACAUUGAAGGUCCAGAUGUUGACAUUGAAGGUUCGGGAGGAUUUAAGAUGCCAAAGAUGAAGAUGCCCUCAUUUGGAUUCAAAGGACCCAAAGUUGAGGGAGAUUUUGAUGUCAAUCUACCUAAAGGCGACAUUGACAUUGAAGGUCCAGAUAUUGACAUUGAAGGUCCAGAUGGUAAAAUCAAAGGGCCGAAAUUCAAGAUGCCAUCAAUGUCUGGACCAAAGAUCUCUAUGCCUGAUGUGGACUUCAAUCUGAAAGGUCCAAAGGUGAAAGGAAAUGUUGAUAUGUCAGGAGACCUCAAAGCACCCAAAGUAAGUGUUGAAGGUCCAGAUGUUGACAUUGAAGGUUCAGGAGGAUUUAAGAUGCCAAAGAUGAAGAUGCCCUCAUUUGGAAUCAAAGGACCCAAACUUGAGGGGCCAGAUGUUGAUGUCAACCUACCUAAAGCUGACAUUGACAUCAAAGCUCCCAAAAUUGAUAUUAAAGGUCCAGAACUUGACAUUGAAGGUCCAGAUGGUAAAAUCAAAGGGCCGAAAUUCAAGAUGCCAUCCAUAUCAGGACCAAACAUCUCAAUGCCUGACAUGGACUUCAACCUGAAAGGUCCAAAGCUGAAGGGAGAUUUGGAUAUGUCAGGAAACCUCAAAGCACCCAAAGUAGACAUUGAAGGUCCAGAUGUUGACAUUGAAGGUUCAGGAGGAUUUAAGAUGCCAAAGAUGAAGAUGCCCUCAUUUGGAUUCAAAGGACCCAAAGUUGAGGGAGAUUUUGAUGUCAAUCUACCUAAAGGCGACAUUGACAUCAAAGGUCCCAAAAUUGAUAUUAAAGGUCCAGAACUUGACAUUGAAGGUCCAGAUGGUAAAAUCAAAGGGUCGAAAUUCAAGAUGCCAUCAAUAUCUGGACCAAAGAUCUCUAUGCCUGAUGUGGACUUCAACCUGAAAGGUCCAAAGAUGAAAGGAGAUUUUGAUAUGUCAGGAGACCUCAAAGCACCCAAAGUUGAGAUUGAAGGUCCAGAUGGUAAGAUCAAAGGGCCGAAAUUCAAGAUGCCAUCCAUAUCAGGACCAAACAUCUCAAUGCCUGACAUGGACUUCAACCUGAAAGGUCCAAAGGUGAAGGGAGAUUUGGAUAUGUCAGGAAACCUCAAAGCACCCAAAGUAGACAUUGAAGGUCCAGAUGUUGACAUUGAAGGUUCAGGAGGAUUUAAGAUGCCAAAGAUGAAGAUGCCCUCAUUUGGAUUCAAAGGACCCAAAGUUGAGGGAGAUUUUGAUGUCAAUCUACCUAAAGGCGACAUUGACAUUGAAGGUCCAGAUAUUGACAUUGAAGGUCCAGAUGGUAAAAUCAAAGGGCCGAAAUUCAAGAUGCCAUCAAUGUCUGGACCAAAGAUCUCUAUGCCUGAUGUGGACUUCAACCUGAAAGGUCCAAAGGUGAAGGGAGAUUUGGAUAUGUCAGGAAACCUCAAAGCACCCAAAGUAGACAUUGGAGGUCCAGAUGUUGACAUUGAAGGUUCAGGAGGAUUUAAGAUGCCAAAGAUGAAGAUGCCCUCAUUUGGAAUCAAAGGACCCAAACUGGAGGGGCCAGAUGUUGAUGUCAACCUACCUAAAGCUGACAUUGACAUCAAAGCUCCCAAAAUUGAUAUUAAAGGUCCAGAACUUGACAUUGAAGGUCCAGAUGGUAAAAUCAAAGGGCCGAAAUUCAAGAUGCCAUCUAUAUCAGGACCAAACAUCUCAAUGCCUGACAUGGACUUCAACCUGAAAGGUCCAAAGCUGAAGGGAGAUUUGGAUAUGUCAGGAAACCUCAAAGCACCAAAAGUAGGUGUUGAAGGUCCAGAUGUUGACAUUGAAGGUUCAGGAGGAUUUAAGAUGCCAAAGAUGAAGAUGCCCUCAUUUGGAUUCAAAGGACCCAAAGUUGAGGGAGAUUUUGAUGUCAAUCUACCUAAAGGCGACAUUGACAUUGAAGGUCCAGAAAUUGACAUUGAAGGUCCAGAUGGUAAAAUCAAAGGGCCGAAAUUCAAGAUGCCAUCAAUAUCAGGACCAAACAUCUCAAUGCCUGACAUGGACUUCAACCUGAAAGGUCCAAAGGUGAAGGGAGAUUUGGAUAUGUCAGGAAACCUCAAAGCACCAAAAGUAGGUGUUGAAGGUCCAGAUGUUGACAUUGAAGGUUCAGGAGGAUUUAAGAUGCCAAAUAUGAAGAUGCCCUCAUUUGGGUUCAAAGGACCCAAACUUGAGGGUCCAGAUAUUGAUUGCAACCUACCUAAAGCUGACUUUGACAUCAAGGCUCCCAAAGUUGACAUUAAAGGUCCGUCAAUGUCAGGACCAAAGAUCUCAAUGCCUGACAUGGACUUCAAUCUGAAAGGCCCAAAGUUGAAGGGAGAUUUGGGUAUGUCAGGAGACCUCAAAGCACCAAAAGUAGGCAUUGAAGGUCCAGAUGUUGACAUUGAAGGUUCAGGAGGAUUUAAGAUGCCAAAGAUGAAGAUGCCCUCAUUUGGAUUCAAAGGACCCAAACUUGAGGGGCCAGAUAUUGAUGUCAACCUACCUAAAGCUGACUUUGACAUCAAGGGACCGAGUAUUGACAUUUCACGUCCAGAUCUCAACAUCAGAGGCCCUGAUGCAAAGUUAUCCGGUGGAUCCCUUGAUAUGGAUAGUCCCAGUUUCAGUAUUGACAAACCAGAUGUCAAGUUUCCAAAGUUCAAAGGUCCCACAUUUGGUAUUAGGUCACCUGAAGUUGAAGGACCUGAACUGAAUAUUUAUCAAGGAAAGAUGGAUGUGAAGGCACCUGAGGUUGACCUUAACCUAGGGGAUGCAAAUAUCAAAGGACCUAAAUUCAAGGCACCAAAGAUCCAUAUGGGAGGCAAGAGCCCCAAAUUAGAUGUUAAUUUGCCAGAGGUUGACAGUAGUCUAGAAGCCCCUGAUGUCGACAUUCAUGUCAAAGGAAAGAAAGGCAAAUUCAAACUACCCAAAAUCAAAGGGAAGGCAAAGAAACCUGAUGUUGAUAUUGACCUUGAAACUUCAGGUGUAGAUUUAGAUGUUGACUCUCCUGAUCUUCACCUGAAAGGAGCAAAAGUAAAGAAACCCUUCUUUGGAAAACUUCAUUUCCCCGAUGUGGAAUUUGAUGUAAAAUCUCCCAAAGUUAAAGGUGAUGGCUCUCUGUCUGGUGGCUUGUCAUCUGGGAGCCUACAAGCCAAUAUUGAGGCACCAGAUCUAAACGUGCAAGCCCCAGAUGUAAAAACUAAGUCUAACAUAAAAUUUCCAGGGAUGAAAAUCAAAGGGCCCCAGGUAAAUGUACCUGAUGUCGAUGUAAAUGUGAACAGGAAAAAUCUGAAAGGAGAGGCAAGCCUUUCAGGAGAUUUAAAAGGUCCUAAGAUAGAUAUUGGAGGAGUGGGAGGAGGAGUUGAUGUAGACUCAAAUGUUUCAGGAUACAGUGGACUACAUUUCCCAGAGGGACAUGUAUCAUUCCCCAAAAUCAAUGUUUCAAAGUACCAUGGACCAGAGAUGGGAGAAGAUGUUGAUGCAGGAGCAAGAGCAGGGGCAGGGGCAGCAGUGCGGGGUGGAAAGAUUGAUGUGCAGGCUCCUUCGGUUAGUGGUAGUUCGCCGAGCCUGGAGCUGCACAGUGGUGAGAAAGUAAAGGUCAAGAUGCCAAGGUUCGGUUUUGGCAAGUCUAAAGCAAAGGGAGGUAGUGCAGCGGAUCUUAGCUUCCAGGGGCCGGACGCAGAACUUGGAGCCGGUGGUCGUGGCGGCGUUAAGGGCUCCAAAGAGUUGAGUUUAAGUCAUGGGGAGUUAGUAAGUGGCAAGUUGUCAGUAGAGGGAGGAUCUGGGCUUAGUGUGUCCCCUAAGAGCAAGUCAGCCUCACUGGAUCUUUUUAAGAAAUCAAGGCAUCGGUCUUCCUCUGUGGCGAGUGACGAGGGAGAUCUGGCUGUGUCUUCCCCCUCAAGUCACUUAAGUGCUGAGGGUGGCGACAUCUCUGUAGAUGUUGGGAGGGCCAAGGUGAAAGGAAAGAAGUUAAAGUUUGGCACCUUUGGUGGUUUUGGCUCAAAGUCAAAGGGCUCAUAUGAAGUGCGACUGGGUGAAGAUAGUGAAGAGAGAGUUGAAGUAAGUGGUGUAUCUCUCCCCUCUAAAAAGUCUAGAAUCUCUUCAUCCUCCAGCAGCGACAGUGGGUCUAGAGGUGGUUUCCGUUUCCCAAAACUCGAGUUGUCUGUGUCACCAAAGAAAUGAUGAAUUGUGAGGAUAAUUAUAAACUACUACCCAAUUGUCUGUUCCAUGUACACAACACCCCUAUCUGCUCAAGUUUUUAAAACUUGAGCAGAUGAGUUCACAUCUCAUCUCAAUGUAACAUUACGUGUGUGUUAUUCCCUUUGGACUUUCUCCACACAUUUGUCUUAUUACAUAUGGGGUAGAUGACAUUGUUCAGACUACAAUUUAACUGUAAAUAAGAUCUGUAUCUGUAUUGUAAUAUUAAGUAUUGUCUUUUGUACAUAGUCAAAAUUUAUUACCAUCUCACCAAAUUCAUACCAAUAGUGCCUCACAUGUUUAGUCCAAGUGUUGCAUUGCACUCUUUUAAAAUGCAUUUAGUUAAGAUUAGGUGUGGUAUUUUUGUAUCCAGGGGGGGUUUUAUUGCACAAACAUAGUUUAGAUGAAAUUGUUAUUUUGAAGAAAAGUAUGUUUAUAUACACAGACAACAACUACUUUUCAUUUUUAUGUAUGAAAUGAUUUACAUUUGUUUUGAAGCUUUGGAUAUAUAAUCGUUGCAGAAGCAUAUUUACUCAACAUAGAGCAGGGCCCUGUAUAACAUUCUAUCAAGAGUGACAAUGCUAUUAGAGACCAUAAUUGAAAAUAAAAGCAAUGUUUAUGUAAACUAUAAACUCUAUUAACAGCUGUUAUUAAUCUUUGAGAGAGAGAAUGUACUUUUUAAAAAAUUUUUUUUUUUACAUCCAUUUCAUUACUAGAAUUUGUCCCUUUUUACUUCAACACAUUUAAUUUGAAUUCUACUCAAAUGGCAAAGUGGUCGAAAUUGUAAAAUAGAACAGCGUAUGCUGAAGAAUCCAUUUGUAUUUUUUAAAAUUAUUGUACAAUCAAGAGAUGUAAUGUAAAGAAACAGAAUAACAGAAGCAAAAUUGUGUUUUUAAUGAAGACAUUGUAUUACAUUCAGGUGGAUCACUCUCUCUCUCAAUGUCUCUCUACUUCUCUCCCUCACUGUCUCACUUAAUGCAAGUCUCUGGUGUUUGGUUAUACUAAAGAAAAUAUAUGACUAUCAUGAAAAAGAGUCACGCUGUAUUACUUUUGCACCUUUAGAGGUAAACAAAUAUCUGCAAUGUUAAAUACAGAGAACGAAAGCUGAAAAUGUCCUCGCUUUUAUUUGAUGGAGUUGGAGUUUUGAAUACUAUUUAGAUCUAUUGUGUUUCAUUCUGCAAAAUAAAUCUAAUAAACGGUUAAGAUACCAA